AUGAAGUUCCUCGCAGCAUUGAGUCUUGCCACCGCCGUCACGGCCCUGGCUGUCCCUCCCGUCGAGCAUUUCUCCACUUCCGAAGGAGAUGCUAAAGGCUCACUUCAGCUCAUCGGCUCCGAGAUCAAGUCUUCCGAUGCAACCAAUGUCGUUAGAUCCAACGACGAAGUCGCUUCCUCCCUGGCCCUCGAGAAGCGCAUUGACGGCAUACCCAUUCCUCAUGGAGUUGCUUCUCCCAAGUCACUUCUGCUCAUGGGCGUCACUGUUUCCUUCCACAUGGUUGGUGGAUGGGUUCGCCAGGGCAGUCGCAACGUGUGGACCUACACUUGCAAGGGCAUCGUCUUGACCAACAACAAUGACAGGAAGGCGGUUAGCAUCUUUGCCGCUGGCAUCAAGUACCUGACCAAUUACAUCAUGUCUGAAGGCAGGGUCUGGACUGUGAAUGCUCCGGAGGGAGGGUUUGCGGACACGGUGAGCAUCAAUAUCGGAAAGGCUUAA